AGUUAUUAUUGAGCAUUGCCUCAGAACGGUUCCAAAAUUCUCCAUUAACACGAAAAAUUUAUACGGGCGAUAUAGGAUAAUAAUGUGGAAUUUUUAUUUCAUAAAACAAAGUCCAAUUUAAAUAUGAUCUGCCAACAGUGAAACUAUUGUAUUAAAUAAAGGAUUAAAAUAGUAUUAAUAUAUUUAUAUUAGUCAAAUUAAGAACGGUUGAAGUUUUACAUACCUAAAUAAAAUUCUUCGAUAAAACAAUGCAGUAUUACAACCUCAUUGUUGCUUUAUUGGUGGUCACUCAUCUUGGAAACAGUUUCAGUGUAAAAAUUAAAAGAAGUAUAGAUUUAUCGGCUUCACAUGCACUUAUACCAGAUGCCCGGCUUUCAAAAGAUGUAUUACCUGGUGGAUAUAAAAUCGAUUUACGACCAAACAUGAAAGAAAAUACUUUUACUGGAAGUAUUAAUAUGAAUUUAAGCUGGAGCGUCCCGACCAGAAAGAUUUCUUUACAUGCACACUUUGAUUUGGAAAUCAAUGAGAGAUCAAUAAAGCUAUCAAAGAUUUCUUAUAACUCCGGUGAUGCAGAUCCACAAAUUGAAAAUAUACCAGUCCUUCGUGGCGACAGAAUGCCCAAGAAAACAGUUUUUGUCAUAUAUUUGAAAGAUAAAGUAAAUGAAUGCACCCAUUGUGAGUUGAAAAUGGACUUCGAAGGUAAUAUAUGGGAAUCAACUGAAGGCCUUUUUAAGGGAUCCUACAGCGUGGGAAACGAAACGGAAAAGAUAACUUAUUUAGCAACCUACAUGAGGCCAAACAACGCUAGACGUCUAUUUCCUUGCUUUGAUGAACCUGGCUUUAAGGUACCAUUCACUGUUUCCAUUUCUCGACCUCGAGAUUAUGUAACCUUAUUUAACACGCCUUUACUUAGAACAGAUGAAUUGCCUACGAAAAAUAAUGAAGAUGAAGUUUAUGUUUUGGAUCAUUUUGAAACUACACCACCAAUGUCAACUUUUACAUUUGGUUUUGUCAUUUCACAGUUAGAAAAGUAUGUUCCACACCAAACAGAUCAAAACAUUCAGCCUAAUAUUACUAUAUGGUCAACUCCUGACCUACAUUCCGAACUAGAGGAUGUUUAUGUGAAACUAACGAAAAUCUAUAAUUGCUUAAACAAUUAUUUUAACGUUUCGAUUCCGCUGUCGAAAAUUGAUGUCCUAGCAAUACCAGGACUGGCAUCUGUGCGACCUGCUGAUAACUGGGGCUUAUUGAUGUUUAAAGACCGUGAACUGCUGAAACGUGGAUAUUAUGGCCUAACUCAAGAAAUGAUUUACCAAUGGCUCGGUUCAUGGGUGACGCCUUACUGGUGGAGUGAUGCUCACGUGAAUAAGGCUUUAGCAAGUUUUCUAGCAGCCAAUAUAGUUUUAGAGAUUGACAACGGUAUCGAAUUUAAUGGAAAAUAUCCCAUGACUGUAUUGUAUUCACUUUACUACGAGUUUAGCAAGAGAUAUCCACAUUCGCGCAUAACGGGUAUGAAGCAAGAAACAACAUCUUAUAAAACCGAACUUGUUAUACGAAUGCUUAAUUAUACGCUUGGCGGAUCCACUUUUCAAGCUGGCAUUAGAAAAUUUAUUGCGGACCGGCAUUAUGGUACAUUUUUUGGUGAUGAUUUGUGGGACGCUCUUACGAAACAAGCAAUACUUGAUCAAACCUUGCCAGCUCAGUAUAGCAUUGCCGAAAUAGCUGGUUCAUGGAUUACAAAGGAUAGAUUGCCUGUAAUAAAUGUUGAACGUGAUUACGCAAAGAAAAUGGCUACAAUAAGUCAAAAAGUGUAUCUAAGAGAAAGACCACACGAUGUACCAGAACGUGAUAAAAUGCUAUGGUGGAUACCUUUAGUUAUCAUCCAGCAGCAAAAUUUAAAUUUUUCAAACACAAAACCACAAGUAUGGAUUGAAAAGAAGAGAAGUCAGAUCAUAAAUGAUUUGCCAAAUUCUGAUAAAUUUAUUAUAAUCAACCCAGAAGAAAUAGGACCGUUUCCGGUGAAUUACGAUACUACGAACUGGAAUUUACUCUCGACUUUUCUGCAGACUGAAGAAGGUCUGAAAUAUAUUCCAACAUAUACCAGAGCCAAGCUUUUACAUGAUGCAUGGAAUUUAGCAUAUGCAGGAGAUCUUAGUUUCGCAACAGCUUUAAACAUGACCCUUUUCAUGAAGUUUGAACGAAAUCAUAUUGUUUGGAAUCCAGUUUUUACGUUCAUUGAUCAUAUUGGAAGACACAUAGACAUGUCUGAUGUUCAUAAAAAAUUUGAGACCUAUGUUAGAGUAUUGUUAACACCUCUCUAUGAAGAACUCAGUGAACCCAACAAUAAUGAGACAUGGCAAAUAGAUUUAAAAUCAAUCGCUGAAACCUUUUUAUGCAGAGCCGGUUACAAACCAUGUAUUGAAGUAGCUCAACAAGCAUUUAAGUUAUGGAUGGAUAGUCCUAACCCUGAUGAACAAAUUCUUGUUCCAAACCAAUUUAUUUGUCCCGUUUUUAAGUGGGGCACAAUUGAAGAAUGGGAAUUUGGUUUGGAGCGUGUUAUUAAUUUCCCCAAGACCAGGAUACAAAGCGAACGAACGUAUUUGUUGAAAACAUUAGCUGGUUGUCCGGUUCAACCCGAGAAGAUCAAUCGCCUACUAAAUAUAACAAUAUUAGAAAACAAUGCCAAUUUUACAGAAAAUGAUAUUUUUUUAAUUUUCAACAUGUUGACUGGUGGUUCAAGUGGUUACACUACAUUAUUUAAUUUUCUCUCAAACAACUGGGAUGUCAUAAGGCAAAGAUUCGAAAACAAAUCAAAUCUGUGGAAUAGUUUAAUCGGCUCAGCUACUGGCGUUUUUACAACUAAAGAAGGUCAUGCCAUGGUCCAAAAACUCUAUGAUGACCACAAAGAAGAGUUUGGUAGUGCGCUGCAUAUUAUCGAAAAAUCCUUGAGAAACAUAAAAGAGGAAGAAAAAUGGAGUGAUGAAAACUUACCUGUAAUAGAAAACUGGCUUGAUGAGUUUUUGGCAAGGAAUAAAAAUUCAGAAAAUAAAUUUUUUGAAUAAUAAAAAAUCGUUAAUCUUAACAAUGUUAAUUUAAUUAAACUACAUUUAAUUUUUGGACAAAAAUUGUGCUUCUAUGUAUAUCCUGUAAAAUACUAGUAGAAUAUUAAGAGAUGUUAGACAUAAUAUUUAUUGCGUAAUAUAUUUAAUUGAAAUUUUUA